AUGGGCACGUUCCGCAGAGUCAUCCACCUGUGGCUCUCCGACGGUGCCCGGACACACGACGUUGGGCCGAUAUCUGCGGAUGAUGCGGGCGACGCCCCUUUUAGCUCGCUGCUGUACACAAACGAUGAGCUCUUUGCCCUCUACGCGAAGAAAGGCGCGUCUGAAGGAUCAGACAUUCUUGUUUUUGCGCGCCUCCCGGAGCAGCUGCAGCGGAUCAAGACUGUGCUGCAAACAUGGAACGAUGUGGACGGUAGAGUUGCAAAGCUUUGCAGCUCCGACACCCCCACCGUUGCGGAGGGCGCCGCAGAACCCGCUGCUGCCUGCGUCGGUGCUACGCCAACGGAAGGUCUGGUUGGGUUUUUGUCGAACAAUGGCAACAAUACCCACUGGAAGGACGAGUACCUUGGGGCGGGCGCUACGGUGUCUGGAGAAGCAAAGAAGGUUGCCAAUGGCUUUGCGCUGGCAGGGCGGGGUGCGCAGAUUGCGUGGCCGGUGGACAGAGACGGGCAUGGCCCAGGGCACGGUUCUGCGGGCGAAGAGGUGACUCUUGUGGCGACGGUGACCAUCAACAAGGCGCCGCUGACCGCCACCCCACUGCUGGGCGUGAUGACGAUGCCCACUGGGUCGUAUCUGGGGCUGUGGUACGACGAGCACAAGCGCUGGAAGACGAAGUUCGGGACGGAAGGAGCGAGUGCACAAACAAUGACGUGGGAGGAGGGAAGGGCAUACCGAGUGGUGCUCACGGUGAAAAAUGGCAGCGGCUCGGCGUACGUCGACGGACGGCUUGUGGGGAGUUUGGAGAAUAAACCUCCGUUUACAGAUGCGUUUCCUCCGCCUCCGCCUCCGCUUCCUAGUGACGAACCUCCGCGCGAAAGGCCGCCGGAGAGGGUCUCGCACAUCUUCGUUGGGGAAUACAGGUACGACGAGGAAAACGCAGAGUUCCACGUGACGGUGACGAACGUCUUGCUGUACAGCCGCUGCUUCGACGCCAGUGAGGUUGCGGCGCUGGAGAGGAAAGAAGAGGAUGCGUCGGCGCCGGGCCUAAACAACGCCUCCGCCGCACUUGCAAAGGGGGCUGCUGGCACAGUGCAGAGGGAGGCUGGCGGCGGCGACGGCGCUGUGCGUGGGUGUGUGUCUCGGCUGCUGCUGCUGCUUGCCCUGCUGGGGCUGUGGGGCACGACGGCUCUCUGCUGA